AUGCGAAACAAAAGUUUGCUAUUAUUUGAAAAACACAAUACAAUGUCUUCAGUAAAACUAUUUGAAGAAAACAUAGAAAUCAUUUUUGAUGAUUCAAAACAGAGCCUCAGUUGUUUCAAUUGUUUUCCAUAGCAAUGACGGGUCACUAAUAAUACAAAACCCGCAUUUAAAGAGCUUAUCCUCAGACAACUUAUAUCACUUGGCUUUGGGAACAGAGAGUCAUGACCUGCCGGUGCUCUUCGGGGACGUAAAGUUUGUAUGUGUGGGCGGAACUAACCAACGCAUGAAAUCCUUUGCCCAAUAUAUGGCCAAUCAAUUGAACAUUGAAUUUGAUAAUAAAGACUGGACUAAAGCCUCUCAUCGCUACUCCAUGUUCAAAGUGGGACCCGUCCUAUCAGUUACGCAUGGGAUGGGUAUCUCUUCUCUGUCGAUAUUACUCCACGAACUCAUAAAACUAGUAUAUUAUGCCAAAUGCAAAAAUGUUGUCUUUAUGCGAAUCGGAACCUGUGGUGGAAUUGGUGUAGAACAGGGAACUGUUGUCAUUACCGAAAAAGCAGUCGACGGCUUACUUCGACCAUUUAGUGAAUUGUAUAUAUUGGGUAAAGUAGUUCGCCGGCCAUCGAUUUGCGACCAGGAGUUGGUAUCGGAGCUAAAAUUCAUUGCCGCCGAAGACAUGGUUGAUAUUCCAACAGCGAGUGGCACCACAUUAUGCGCUCUCGACUUCUAUGAAUCGCAGGCACGACUUGACGGCGCGUUUUGCGAUAUCACAGCUCAAGAAAAAGUCGAUUAUUUAAACCAAUUAAAAGCUGCGGGUGUUGUGAACAUUGAGAUGGAGGCCAUUACUUUCGCCUCCAUGUGCCGCAGCGCCGGCAUCAGCGGUGCCAUCAUAUGUGUGGCACUUCUUAAUAGACUAAAUGGGGAUCAAAUCGCGUCUACUAAAGAAUAUUUGGAUGAACUCCAGACCCGGCCUCAGAUGUUGGCCGCGAAGUUCAUCCGAAAACGUUUAGCUGAAUAUAAAACACAGAAAUAAUUAUAAGAUAAUUGAUUUAUAGAAUUGAAGUUUUAUUUCAAGGAUAUUGUGAUCAAUAUUUUAAUUAAUUAUUAAAGAAAACCUAAUUAAAUGUUGAUUUAAUUCUGACAUAAAUUCUGUUAUCUAAAUGUUGUGAAUAAAAAACAAAUACUAA